CUCGCCGGAAGGGAGCGACGGCAGCGCAUGCGCGUUAGCCCCGUCGGUUAGGCCGCGCCCGCCCCCUCCUCCCCGCCCGCUGGUCCGGCCCGGCUCUGGGUAAAGCCGCCGCGAUGAUGAUGAUGGCUCUGAGCAAGACCUUCGGGCAGAAGCCCGUCAAGUUCCAGCUCGAGGAGGACGGGGAGUUCUACAUGAUCGGCUCCGAGGUGGGCAACUACUUGCGGAUGUUCCGUGGCUCGCUCUACAAGAGGUACCCCUCGCUCUGGAGGCGGCUGGCCACGGUGGAAGAGAGGAAGAAGAUUGUGGCCUCUUCCCACGAAUCUCAGCGGAGCCACAGCCCCAGAAGAUAUCAUGGUUAUACCACCCUAGCUACUAGCGUGACUCUCCUGAAGGCGUCUGAAGUAGAAGAGAUCUUGGAUGGAAAUGAUGAGAAGUACAAGGCCGUAUCAAUCAGCACGGAGCCCCCUACCUACCUUCGAGAACAGAAGGCCAAAAGGAACAGCCAGUGGGUCCCAACCCUUCCCAACAGCUCCCACCACCUGGACGCUGUACCGUGCUCGACAACCAUUAACAGAAACCGGAUGGGCAGAGACAAGAAGAGAACAUUCCCGCUCUGCUUUGAUGACCACGACCCUGCUGUGAUUCACGAGAACGCCUCACAGCCGGAGGUGCUGGUUCCCAUCCGGCUGGACAUGGAGAUAGAUGGGCAGAAGCUGAGAGACGCUUUUACGUGGAAUAUGAAUGAAAAACUCAUGACCCCGGAAAUGUUUUCGGAGAUUCUUUGUGACGACCUGGACUUGAAUCCCCUGACCUUUGUUCCUGCGAUUGCAUCGGCGAUACGGCAGCAGAUCGAAUCCUACCCGACAGACAGUCUCUUGGAGGACCAGUCGGAUCAGCGCGUCAUUAUUAAGCUGAACAUCCAUGUGGGGAACAUCUCCCUGGUGGAUCAGUUUGAGUGGGACAUGUCCGAGAAGGAGAAUUCCCCCGAGAAGUUUGCCCUGAAGCUGUGCUCGGAGUUGGGGCUGGGCGGCGAGUUUGUCACCACCAUUGCGUACAGCAUCCGGGGGCAGCUGAGCUGGCAUCAGAAGACCUACGCCUUCAGCGAGAACCCUCUGCCGACCGUGGAAAUCGCCAUUCGUAACACUGGAGAUGCCGACCAGUGGUGCCCUUUACUUGAAACCCUGACCGAUGCGGAGAUGGAGAAGAAGAUCCGAGACCAAGACAGAAACACCCGACGCAUGCGGCGUUUGGCCAACACAGCUCCUGCCUGGUAACUCUCUCUCUCGAAGCGCUGCGUUGAGCCUCCAGCCUCGUCUCCCCGGAGGGACUGCGCGUCGGGCAAGGCCUUCCUCCAUCUGGGAACUGGCAGCACUUCCGUUCUGCUGGCUUAGCAGACCAGAGGGCAGGUGACAUCCGCUUCCUCUACCUCGUUGCUACCUGUUGCCCAAGGGUCCCGUCACGACCAGCGGCAGCAGCUUUCUGAGCACCGAUCUCUCUCCCUCCCUCCCGCUCCCCACCCCAGUUAGGACAACUUUUUAAAUAAAAGAAAUGAGUACAACUUUG